AUGACUCUUUCGUGCUUUGACCCGCUGACGACCGAUGCCGUGGACUUGCAGCUCAUGCUGGAGUCUAACAAGAUCACGAGCGUGCAGAUAAUUGAGCAGUGCCUCCAACAAAUUGAACGCCAUGAAGCCGUCCUCAAUGCCUUGAUUUCUGUCGCUCCGCGGGAGACUCUACUACAUAUUGCAGCAGCUUUGGAUGAUGAAAGACGGGCAGGUCAUAUACGAAGCCCCUUGCACGGCAUUCCUAUCGUGCUCAAAGAUUGUUUUAUUACGGCCUCGGAGCUGGGCAUGACCACUACUGCUGGAAGCGUCGUGUUUGCCGGGGCUACAGCGUCCAAGAAUGGCGUAAUCGUACAAAAGUUGAUUGAUGCUGGACUAAUUAUCAUAGCAAAGGGUAACAUGACCGAAUUUGCGGGUAUGAAGACAAUAAAGAUGAUGCCUGGAUGGUCAUCGUAUGGCGGACAGACAAUAUCGCCUUACACAGGAGCCAUCAAGCCAAAUGAGCGGCUCUUGGGCCAUUCGGCACCGGGAGGCUCAUCGACUGGAUCCGCUGUAGCAGUUGCCGCAGGUUACAGUCCUCUAGCCAUGGCUGGCGAGACGAUUGGAUCGAUCGUGACUCCGACAGUCCGCACAGCACUUUUCGCCCUAAAGCCUACUCAUGGCGUCCAAGACGCAGCAGGCAUGUAUCGAAUGGCAGAGUUCUUUGACACACCGGGACCCAUGGGCAAGUGCGCAGCAGAUGUGAUCAGUUUAUCCGAGAUUCUACUGGGCCGGUCACUACAAUCAGCUAGGGAUAGAAAUCUGAAAGAUUUAUCCAUUGGCUUUGUGGAUCCGAACAAGUGGAAAAUGGCAGAAGCAAUGUGCGAACAAUUUGAAGGCACUGAAGCCCAGAUGAUCAGAGUGUACGAAGCCGCUGUUGCGCGUAUUGAGCAGAACGGAGGCGCAGUGAAGUAUCCAAUUGAGAUUGCAGAAUUAUCGGCUUUAGAAGUUGAUGGCAAAGAUGCGAUAAUGCCCAUCGCUUACUCGGACUUUAAAAACUUGGGUAUUCCAGCUUUUAUAGAGGGGUUUGAUGACUGUCCAGUUUCCAGUCUUCAGGAUAUCGUCGACUUCAAUCUACGAAAUAAGAGUACAGCCAUGCCAGAGCCCUAUCCAGAACAAGAUCAGCUUAUACAGGCUCUCAACACGACAGAAGGCGGUGAAGAUCUGGCUCGACUGAAGAAAAAGUUUCGCGAACUGGGCAAAUCAAUCAUCAACGAAGUCCUUGAUAGAGAAAAAGUCCACGUGAUUGUUACCCCUGGGGACUCGCCGCUGUGCAUCCACGCUGCUGUAGCUGGAUAUCCCCAUGUUACGGUUCCGCUUGGCGUGCUCGACUACAAUGGGCGGCCUUUUGGCUUGUGCGUCAUUGGGAAAGAACAUGAGGAGGAGCUAUUGUUGCAUUUCAUGGCUGCGUACGAGAGUAUCUCGCCGCCGCGGGCUGUCCCAUUGCGAAUAGAAACCUCCAGAGCUAUAUAG